CUGGCGCCAUAGGUCUUGUGUUUGCUAGCAAUUUCAGUCUCAGCUAGCUUCACGGUAGCAGUUGAAGGCCUUAUUGUCGUCCGUGUACGUUGUUUUCGAAACAUAGUUUUCCUCCUGCUACGACCAUGGAGUCUGGCGAUGCAGGGCGAGGAGGGUGGAAGUCCAAGCAGGUCCACCCACAGAAAAGCAAGAUGAACAUGAAUAUUCUCCGUCAAGAAAAGCUUAUAGCUCAGAAGAAGAAAGAGAUUGAAGCCAGAAUGGCAGAGCAGGCAAAAAUGAAUGCACAAUCCACUGCCAAGCCCCUGCCUACAAGUUCUCCCAGUCUCCAGGGAGCUUCCUCAAACAAGUUUGUAAACGAUGGAAGCUUCCUUCAGCAGUUUAUGAAGAUGCAAAAGGAGAAAAAUAAUACAGCUGGUACCACCAGUGAUACCAAGACUCCCUCAGCCUCAACUUCAUUGCCAGGAGGAAACACACUGCACAAAAAGAGCAUUUUUGUUGGCCAGCGGCCUGGCCUUGGGGUCAGCAGCAUGCUUAGUCAGUUCAAGAGUUAUUCACAGUCCAAGAAGACUCCCGUUCUCAGCCAGCGGCCGAGUGUAUUUUGCUCUCCAGAUGGUGAAGAUGAGGAAGAAGAGGCUGAUUACUCCAGAUUCUUGGAGAUGAAAGUCUCUCCCCCAGAGGAUUCAGACACCAGACUCAUUAUCAACAAGAUGGCCUCUUUUGUGGCGGAGGGAGGACCUGAGCUGGAGAAAAAGGCCAAGGAGGACUACAAGGACAAUCCUGUUUUCUCAUUUUUAUAUGAUAAGAGCAGCCUGGAGUAUCUCUACUACAAAAACAGAGUUGCGGUACUGAGAAAGGAAUUGCAGAGACCUGAGAAUACAUCAGAUAAUGUCUCCCCCCCAGUGGACGCGGAAACCCAGCAGGUGGCUGAGAAGCUGGCCAGGUUUGUGGCGGAGGGUGGCCCAGAGGUGGAAGCCAUCGCUGCUGAGCGCAACCGAGAAAACCCAGCCUUCAGUUUUUUAUACGACCCCCAAAGUCCAGCCCACCGUUACUACAAAGAGAAAGUACAGGAGUAUCGUGCUGAAACCUCUGAAACCUCUCAGAGCUCUUCACCUCCAGCAGCAGACUCCAGGACUGAAACUCAACAACCAGCUGUUCCUCCAUUACCAGGAGUCCCUUCUCUGCUGAACCGCACAUCUGUACCCCAGAUUCAAGAGUCAGAAACUCCACCUGUCAAACGCAAGAGAAAGAGCAGAUGGGGCUCUGAAGAUGACAAAGUCGAGUUGCCCAUGCCUGCCAUCAUUGUUCCAAAUGAGAUUAAUGUUCCAGACCCUAAUGCACCUUCUCUCUCUGCCCAAGAGCUCAGAGGCCUUGGAUAUAAGAAGGGGAAGCCUCAUGGUCUGGUUGGUGUGACUGAGCUAUCUGAGGACCAAAAGAGACAAAUCAAAGAGCAACAAGAGAUGCAGGAGAUGUAUGAAAUGAUCAUGAAGCAUAAGCGUGCGAUGGCAGAGAUGCAGAUAAUGUGGGAGAAGGCCAUCAGAGAUCAUCAGCAUGAAUAUGACAGUGAUGAAGAAGUGGACCAGGAGGCAGGCACCUGGGAGCAUCGGCUGCGAAAGAUGGAAAUGGAGAAGACGCGUGAGUGGGCAGAAUCUUUGACAGAAAUGGGCAAAGGGAAACACUUUAUUGGUGACUUCCUGCCUCCUGAGGAGCUGGAGAAGUUCAUGGAGACCUUUAAGGCACUCAAGGAAGGUCGGGAUCCUGACUACUCAGAAUACAAAGAGUUCAAGUUGACGGUGGAGAAUCUUGGUUUCCGAAUGCUUAUGAAGAUGGGCUGGAAGGAAGGUGAAGGCCUCGGCAGUGAAGGACAGGGAAUCAAGGCUCCUGUCAACAAGGGAACAACAGCGAUGAACGGAGCAGGUUUUGGAGUUGAGCGUCCAGCUGAGCUCACGAAAAGUGACGAUGAAUACGACGCUUUUAGAAAGAGAAUGAUGCUUGCAUACCGCUUCAGGCCCAACCCACUGAAUAAUCCACGGAGGCCAUAUUACUGAUGCAGAGGACUGUUUCUGUUUUUCAUAUUUCUUGUUAUUAACACCUUAAGAAAAAUUCUGCAUCUGCCACAGCUCUACUUGUUUGUGAAAUGGACACUGUUGCACUGUAGAAAUUGUGAAACUUCAAGCGUGUGUACCAAAUGGUUAAAAAUUUUGAAUAUCAAAUAAAGAUUGGUAGCUUGUCCCUUACAUUUGAUGUUUAAUUUAGGAAAAAAGGCUUUCUUUAGAGGCUCAGUGGUUAGCAACAUCGCCUAGCAACAAGAAGGUCCCCGGUUCACGUCCCGGCCUGGGCCUGGGAGCUUUCUGCGUGGAGUUUGCAUGUUCUCCCUGUGCAUGCGUGGGUUUUCUCUGGGUACUCCGGCUUCCUCCCACAGUCCAAAAACAUGCUGAGAUUAAUUGGUGACUCUAAAUUGUCCGUAGGUGUGAAUGCGAGUGUGAUUGUUUGUUUCUAUAUGUAACCCUGUGAUAGACUGGUGACCUGUCCUGGGCGUUCCUUGCCUUCACCCAAAGUCAUCCCCUUGCGACCCGAAUGAGGAUUAUGCGGUGUACAGAUAAUGGAUGGAUGGCUUUCUUUACAUAUUUGAUCAUCUGUUACAUUUCAUUUUAAUACUGCUAUACCCUGAAAUAUAUGAAGAAAUACAUCACCUGAUGUCUGAAUGAG